AUGGAAAAUUCACACCUAAAUAGGGCUCACAUGUACGGUAGGCGAGCGGAAAAUUGUGCAAAAAAUCGACGAUUCGACGAUGCUAUGGAAUGCCAUCGGAAGGCCGUUUUUCACUUCAAUGAAGCAUUGAAGCUGCAAACGAAUGCGAUUGUGCAGGAGUCGCUUCAACUGCAGCGAAAAUACCACCUGAAACAGGUCGAUUGGCUGCUGGUGAGGAAGCAACAGUACGAUCGGUACCUACGAGCGCUCGAAUAUCAGCGACGCAAGAAUCCCGAAUUUUUAGCCCAACAGAUCGAAAAAAUGGACAAGUACAACGAGCUGCAGGUGGCGAUCUAUCAUAAUCUGGACGAUACGGAUGGAUUGCUGGAAUCGCUAGGCAGAAACAUUGGAGCCAACAAUCCACCCACAAUUGGCGGGGCAGACAACGGUGGCACGAAAACCGUCAACGAUCUGAUCGCGCUUAAUCACUCGUUGCACAUACUGAUCCAGCGAAUGUCACAGAAUGUGGAUGAAUAUGCCACCGAGAACGAGGAGUUGCGGGAGAAGCUACGCUACUACGAGAAGGAAAAAGAAUCGGGCAGCUCCGACGGUGGGAAGGUUGUUGGUGAUGCCGAAUCGUCGGCAAACACACAUAAAGGUGGCCCUAGCACGCAGAAGCAUACGCUAGGACUCAUGCACGACAAUCUGUCCACACUGGCACCGCUCGAAAUGCCCGUGUUUGAUUUGUCCGAUUUUGACAAUCAUUGA